UUUGAAUUAAGUUUCAAUCGAUUGGCACCGAUGGAUGAUUGCUAUUCUUUUCAUCUUAUUGCAUUUCAUUUCAAAUAUAAAAUACUUAUUAUGCAAUGAAUUGGUCUUAAAUAUUCGAACGCUUUCGACGUUAAACAUAAUGACAACUAUCACGGAACCAAAUAAGUCGUCGGCAUUUGAUAUAUUUAAAAUAGUUAUUCCGAUAUCGUCUUAUGUAAAACUCAAGUGAUUUGUCUAGAAAUUGAUUUGUGAAUGGUUAAGAGUGAGGAUAAUGGUUAUAUAAAGUAUUUAUUACGCAUAACUGAACACCAAUGCUAAAUCGAAACAAUUGUAUUUAUUCUUCAUAUAAGUGCGAAUUCAAUUCAUUUACGAAUGCAUAACAUCAAAUAUUAUGUAUGUAUUAGAUAAAAACGCUCAUAUAUUUUACAUUAAGUGUCAUUUAAGUAAGAAAAAAAACUACUUGUUCUUUAUUGUUAAGUCCCAAUCCCAAGAAAGUAACAUUAACAUCUUAAAAUUCAUGAACAUAUUAUACUAGUUGAUCCUUUAAUGAACAGUAAGAACCCGAAUAACGCAGAUAUUUUCUAUCACAUGUUGAAAAGACAUCCCCAAAAUCCGUAGAUCUAUGCGAGUAUACAGCACAUAGCUAGAGGAACAUGUAUGUCAAUAAAAUUUGGUAAAUAAAAAACAUUUCUAUAUUUAGAUUUAAACUCAUUCAGCAAUCACUGUAGCUUCCCUUUGAAACAAAAUAUAACAAAAUUGAUAAAAUACUUAAAUACCUCCGCUACUGUUUAACUCCCACCCUCAGAUAAGCUCAUAGUAAGAGCUAAGUAAAAUGGCAUCUUUUUCGGCUCCAUUGAUGUAAGUGCCUAAAAUAAUCAUUUAUUCGACUGUGCUGUCACUGUUAACAAUAUAUGAUUUUCUGUACCUGAGUUUUAAUGCUCAAACUUUACUCCGGUUUUUUGUUCAGGUAUAGGAAAAUAAACGAACAUAUCCCGCUGGUCGCUAUCAAUCCUAUUCGUUUAUAGUGCUGAUUUGGAAUUAUGUUUAACAUCUUAUAAAUACUAUUUAUUAGUGUUAAGCGCUCAUUUUAUAGUGACAUAAGCCUAUUUGGUUUGUAAAAUACAUAUAUAUUCUAAUGACCAGGUCAUGCAUGGUUUUCGGCGAACAUAGGAAAGAAUGAACGUUUUCGGUAAACAUUUAAUCGGUAUAAAGCAAAAUUGUCUUCCUUAAGCCAAUAUUUACUUGGAUCAACAUGUUAAGGAAAGUACAUCAUUGAAACUUAUUGAUCGCAACUUUUAGUUCUGAUUAUGAUUUAAUCUUUAAUUUGUAAAACAUAAACUAUAACCUGUACCUGAUGUAUUCACUGCAGUGAAUGUUCAAUUAAAAUUAGGUUAUAUUUGUUUCCAAAUAAGUAAUGUUUUAUUUACAAUUAUGCAAUCUUUUUUUAAUAAUAAACUUUUGUUCCGAUAUAGUUUGCUGUUUUAAAAGUGAGAAACUAGUUUUUGAUCAAAGGAAUGUAUAACUUUGAUUGAUUUUAAAAGUAGUUCUAAAAGUUGAUAUCAUUACUCUGUUUGCAGUGACAAUAUUAAAUUCAUUGUUGUUAUUCACUGAUAAAACUCCCUUUUCACCCAAACCUUUUAAGAAACAUUUAAUAAAACUGUUCAACAAAUUCAAUGGAAACUACUGCUGAAAACACUACAAUGAAAUACAUUUUUUAAUCUUGUUGAUGAAAGCGACACAUUUGAUUGGUUUGAAUGGUGACAUGAACACAGUUGACACUUUAUGCCUCGAUGAGAAAAAAAUAAACUUCAAUGAAAUUUUGCCGUUGUGUCUAAGUAAAGGCGUGGGACCGCUACUCGCGUUCUUAAUUCGUUGGACGGUACGGUAUAAAAUAAAAACUAAAAAGUAAAAUAAUUAAAUAGGCUAAUACAUUGAGUGUUAUUUCACUGGUAAACGACAUAUUAAAGUUAGGCAAGUUUGAUUAAACAUCCCAGGAUGCACAGAGGUCGUCUUAUCAACUGACCGUACCUUUGUAAGUGAGAACUUGACGUUGACAUUCACCUGUUCAACAACAAAUGAUGCCAGUUAUAUCGGAGUCCAUAAGCACUACCAUAUACUGGUGAGGAUGGGUUACAUCAACAAUAACUGUACGAUACGAAGAUAUGACAACCUCCUUUCGAGCUGUUCUUGCAUAAACAACAAAACAUACAAGUGUACCACACAACCUAUGACCAGAUUGAACAACACUGAUGAGUGGUACUGCAUUGCUUCUGUGGAAGGUAUUGCGUUCAAAAGUAAUGUCGUGUCUAUAGAUGUUAGAGUACCGAUCGCAUUGGUAACACUACGUCCUGACCUGGACAAGCCAAUGACAGUCAACGAAGAGGAAACGCUGCUGUUCACAUGCAAUGCAUUUAAUGGACUUCCCGCGGCAAACAUAACGUGGUUCAUGAAAAUCAUACAAACGAUUUUAACGGCAAUUUUAUUAUGUCAAAUUAUUCAAUAACAAACGUUAUUGAAAAUACGGAUAAGACAAAAUCUACCAAGAGUACUCUGACAUACACUGUGAGGGGAAGAGAUCACGACAUGGAAGUGUUUUGUUAUGCAAGUAAUGAAGAUAACCACGACAUAUCCAGCAAUGUGAUUCGCCUAAAUGUCAGAUACUUUCCAGAACAACUGGUUUAUAUAAAUGGUCACGAAAACCAUCAUACAUUCUACAUGAUUCGGAAUUCGAAUUCGAAACAAACGCUUCAAUGUGUUGUACAUGGAGGCAAUCCCCUCGCAAGCCUGUCAUGGUCUUGUUACAGUGGCACCCAGACUGACAUGAAUACCCCAUCAAGUGCGGUCAGCAAUGUUUCUUGGUUUGCUGGAGAAUGGAAUGAAUCGACAUGUAUCUGCCAGGCGUCUCACAUUCUUGGAUGGUCUCAGUCGCAAUCAGUGACCGUUAAAGUCCUUUUUGCACCCAGUCUAAUAAUAUGCAAGGUGAAAAAUGUAAAUAUACUUAGGGGUAUUUUAAACGUGACAUUAUUUUCAAAUGUUACAAUAAAUUGCUCAAGCAACGGAAAUCCAAAACCUACCAAUAUCACCUGGAUUUUGCCUUCAAGUGAUACUUCAAAUGGACAACUACUGUCGUAUACAAAUAUUCAAACCUCCUUUCAAGGAAGUUAUACGUUGUUGGUUGGAAAUGUUAUGGAACCGAGCAUAGGACCGACAGUCAAGGGAUAUGCCAAUACAACAUUUGACAUGCAUGUUCAAUGCCAUCAGAGGCAAAUCAUCACCACAGCAUUCGACAGUGACACAAACCUUACGUGUGAAGUAUAUAACAUAUUAUACCCAACUGGUGCAAAUAGUAUAAAGACUGCAGUCGAUUCAAGUCUCCAAAUAAAGGUGUUGUAUCCUCCAGAUAUUCCAGUUUUACGGAUGAAUUCAACGUGCAUGAAUAACUCUACGUUAGAACAAGCAUAUCUUCGAUUAUUAGAAUUUGAUCAUGUGAAAGUGGAAUGUGUUACAGAAGGAAAUCCGGAACCUAAUUGCCAAUGGACCAAUCAUUCACAGUCGUGUACACUUGAUAUUUUGAAUGCCUCUAAAGAAGAUACAGGAACUUAUGUUUGUCUUGCUUUCAACACAAUGAAGACAACACAAGGAAGAAUCGUUGCAGGACGAAAUGUUUCAUCAUUUUAUCUUGAUAUAUUAUAUCCACCAAAGAUAAGAGACCUCACGAAAAGGGUCGAGGUUCUUGAAGGUGUUACUUUGAGAUUAAUUUGUGACGCGGAACCGGGAAACCCAAAUGAUACAUUUUUUGCUUGGGAAAGCAAACGAAAACCUGAAAGAAACACAUUUGAUCAGAACCUUAAAAUACCAAACAUUUCUCGAACAGAAGAAGGCGAAUUUACAUGCUAUGCUAAUAAUAUUAUGCAUCCAACUGGAGGUCAAGAGCUAAAGGGAAGUGAUAUUGAAAGUGUAUAUGUGGAUGUCCAAUACAAGGCGUUUAUCAUAACGUUUACAGCUCUGCACACUACUGUCUACCAAGAUGAUAACCUAAGCUUUGCUUGUGAUGUGGACAGUGAUCCGCCUGCUAGUAUAACCAUUUUAUCACCUACUGGAUCCGCUCUUAAAUAUAUCGAAGGAAAUAAUCAGUUACUUUAUAACAAAACAAGUUCAUGCUUAGAGGAUGUUGGUCAGUUUACGUGCAUAUCUGCAAACAAGCACAACCAGAUGCAACCCGAAAAAAGAAAUGUUACAGUGGACGUCCAAUGUUCGCCUAGGUAUCCGGCUGACUACAACAAAUUUACAACUAUCGGAACCAGACCUGGUGAAAUUGCAGUUCAUAAUUUCAGUGUAUUUUCGAACCCUCCACCAACAAACUUUACGUGGACAAACCUUUCGAAUAGUAUGCAAAUUUCAUUAUACACAGCCUCAUCUGAUAGAGUAAUCAUUAUCACCACAGACAUGUCAUCUGCGCUCAUUAUAACAAGCGUAGAACCAUGGGACUCCGGCAACUACUCUGUAAGGGUUGAGAACGAAAUUGGAAGCAUGAACGAAACGUUUCGCAUUGUUGUAAACAUUUACGCUGAACCAGCCGGUGAAACGUCGACGUCACACAAUGUUUACAGUUCUAACAAUAGUAGUAGCGGAGUUGUAGGAGGUACAGUUGGUGCUGUGUGCACUGUGAUACUUGUAGUGGUUCUGCUUGCUGUUUUCCUCUAUAGAAAACGGCGAAGUUGUAACGAAAGUGACCGAUGCAGGGAUGGAGGUAGCUUGAAAGAUGAUACUCGGUACGAGGACCUUGCCCUUGGUCACAGAGGAAUAUCACCCGAAUAUUCUCACCUUGACUUCCGAGAUAGAACCGAGAAUAGCUUGAUGCAAACACCAUUUAAGGACAACAAUGCAUAUGAGAACUUAAAAUUGAAUCAACAAAAGUUGACAUGAACCUAUGUUUUGCCUAGGACAAGAACAGAUUACUCACCUUGUUUCGUAACUUGUAUAUAUCGCGUUUUAUAUUUAUUAAGUUUCUGUUCUUAGCAUUACAUUGUUGUCUAUCAGGCCAUAUAUCAGUCAACGUCCGGCUGCGUCAUAUGAUUUGACCUAUCAUACGUAUGUUUUUAUGCCUUCAUGUGUAUACUAUUGUUGACUCCCAGUGCAUCCUCUUUCAUAUUGAGGUUAACGACAAUGAAAUAACUUAAUAUAGAUAAUAAGAGUAUAUGAAGUCGGCAAAUGAUUUUUGGAUUGAUUCAUUUCAUCAAUAUUCAAUGUGUUCAUGAGCAUUUCAUGAUGUUGACUUUUUUCAUUUAUUUUAAUAAAUUCAUCCUUAUAAUAUUCAAUGAAAUACUUAAUAAUAUGACUGAUCUGUUCAUGAAAUGCAAACUUAUAAUUCAUUUUAACUGUCACUUGUUUUUUUCAUGUGGAUAAAGAUACUGGUAUUAGGAAGAAAUUGCUUGCUAUGAGUCUUAAUAAUCUUAGGCCAUAUGACACCUGAUCGAUACUGUGUAUAGUCUCAGAUCCUAAUUUUAAACCCUAGAAAGAAAUUAGAAAUACAAUACAACUUAUACCAAAUAUAUAGACACAAUACAUAUACAAUGGAAAAUCAUGGCAUAUAGUGACAGAGUAUGAGAUUAGAAAUAGUCAAUAAUAAAUAUUGUCCAUUUUGCCAAAAGGAAAAUCAUUUUCAUUACCAAGUGUAUACAUAUACUCUGUAUCUUAUAUGUUGACUAGAUAUACAUAUUAGGGAUUAACUCUUAUGUGUCAAUUGUAUCAUUAUAUUACAAUUAUAAUUCUUUACUUCAAUAUGUAGUAUUUAUUUGCCACUUUAUUUUGCAAAUAUGUUUUUCCUUCCAUGCUUAUUCCAUUGCAUUAUACAUCAGAGUUUGUUUAUGUGCAAUAAUUCAAUAUUAAAUGCCCUAGGUCUGCUCAUAGGUUAUUGGUGUGCGAUUAUAGGCAGGCAAUUAUCAAAUAACCGUGUUAUAUAAAUAAGACAGUUGUUCGUAUUUUUUCGUUUACCUUAUAUUUCUUAUUGUAUUGUUAUGAUUAUGUACUUGGUCAUGUGUUCGAUCUGAAAGAAAAACGGAUGUAACUUGAAACAGAACUUAGGAAAAACUACGCAAUGGCGUAAUACAAAUAUGUACCUCGCAACUUCAGCAGAAUGCCCAUAAAUAAGUCAUUAUUUGUUUGUUAAUUUGUGUUUUUCUUCCUACCAAUAUUUAUACUUUCUUGUAUAACAAGCGUUCAUUGUGUUACCGUUUUUAGAUAUACAGCUUAUGUUUCAUAAUAGAGAGGUUUCAUACACGCAAUUGGCUUUCCCACAAUUUCAUUUAGAUUAUAAUAAGCACAUUGCAAAAUGACUGAUUUGUUGAACAUUUAAAUUGUUUAAAUGUUAAAGAACAAUUACGUGUGAUUCAAGUAUGUAUUAUGGAUACGCGUCAAUGUUCAAAUAAAGAAAUAUUCCUAACUAUUUAGCAAGGAUCAUAUAAAAUCAUAUUUCCGUAAGUAAUAUCCGAACAUAUAUAGGGAAAGUUGUGAUAUAUAUUUAGCUUUAUACAAUGUAAAGCAUUGGUUGAUAUCUUAAAAAAAGCAAUUGUUCAAAUGCUUGUGGACAUGCGCGGUUAAAUGCUCUAUAAGCGAUUUGCAAGUUAAGUUCGAGGUUUAAUGGACUAGAUGGUUCGAGUGAAGUGGAUACAUAUUUCUCCCACCUCAGAUAAGUAGAUACAAAAAUUUGGCCAUGCUGCAAAUACUUAUCUUGACCAAGGGGAAAGAUAAAACAAGAACUCCUUUUACCUCCCUUGUUUAUAACCGUUGUCUCUCUCUAGCAUCAUGAAAACCUUGUCUUGCGGCAAUACUUUAAUCACAAAUCAUAAUUUCUCGCUUCAAAUGGCAACAUAAAAAAAGCGGUUUUCAAGUAAUAAUGCUGCACUCUCCUCGGAACUAUAUAAAGGACGAUUUAAUUAUUGACAUCAUCUUAAUCACUGCGUGCAUAUCCAUGACAACUACGAAUUAUCUCAUAUCUAUAAGCAUACGAUUCUCACUAGGCACGCACAAAAUAGUCCCAGCGAAAAAAUAUAUUUUAGCUUUAUUUUGCUUAACUGAGGUGGGAGAAAAAGCACCUACCAUAGCCGCUCGUGUAAGAUAGGUUCAUUUCGAUAAACCUCGUUUUCGCAAAAAAACUAAGAUCGCCAAGAUUUGAUUGGGCAGUUCCGAAAUAAUUGACUCAUAAACAUAUUAUUUUUGUAUUAAGACAUUUCCGGGCAAACGUAAAUGCUUUAAGAUUGGAAAUCUGAUAUAAUUAUAUUAUGUCGUAAAAAUUGUUCAACUCCUAAUUACAGCUUUUAUGUUGCAACGGAUAUAUGAAUCAUGCUUGUUAACUAUUGAACAUCAAAUCUGAAUAGAAAUUGAUUUUUUUACAAAGAUUUUAAAUUUUUGUAAUUCAAUCGACUUUUGCAUCGCUGCCGUCCCUUCAAACUACAUGUAUAUCCUUUAAUUUCCAGGUCAUGAGCUUUGGUAUGUUUUGAUAUUUUAUGUAUGCUUAUUAUUCAUGUCAGAAAAUAGCCCAAUC